AUGCCACCAAAGAAGCUGAAGGAUCUUUCAGAUGCUCCGGUCUACACGAUGAUCCACGAGGAUCAGGUACAGUUGCUGUCGGAUGCGCUGUUGCGGGAGUACAUGCAUCGCCGCGGCUUUCGUGCCACGCUAAAAGCCUUCGACGAGGAGCACCCACGCGACGACAACACGAUUUCUUCUCGAGCGGUCAUGUCUGAUCUCAUGGCACUGCAACCAGAUGAUCAGCAGCGCAUGAAGGGAGAGGGAAUUGAGACGAUCAUGGAGAUGCUGUGCAACUUGCGGGUGGAGCGCCGCGUGGAGGUGGAGAAGCUGACGGCGGAGGCAGCGGCCCCGUUGCCGAAGGUGCCGGCUAAGUAUGGCGCGUUGGAGGCGAAAUUGGCCGAGCGUGCGGCGCGCAAGGAGAGAAAGCAGAAGCACAAAGGUGUGAAGAAGAUGUCGGCGCUGGAUGAGCCCACGAGCGGUGCGGGUGGUGAGCGCGCGAAGAAGAGUAAAGCCCACGCACGACUGCCAGAGGAAGUGGCAGAGGCGGGCAUGACGAUAGACGACCUCCUCAGCAACGCACGCAGCAGCAGCGAAAGCGCAUCGUCUGGGAAUGACGAGACAGACUCAGAGGAGGAAGACACCCACCAGCCCCACGGUUUAGCGAAGAAGACUUCGACACCCGCGAAAAAAGAUCGCAAGAGUUCAGGCUCCAACGCCAGUCCGCCGACCUCAUCGCCGUCAGCGGCGCCUGCUGCCGCCAACACCACCACCACCACCACCAAGCCCGCAGGUGCACCGGUGCAGCCGGCUUGGAUGGAGCUGGAGAAUAAAGCGACAGCGAAGAGUGGUGCGGGGCGCAGCGGGUCAGCGGACAGCAGCGACAAUGGCAACGCAGCCGCCGCCAGCAGCGAUGACGACGAGAGUGUUGAUGCGAACACCCUAGGCGGCGACCCACUGCCCAACGAGCUCCGUGGAGAGCUGAGUGCGGCCUUCCAGCUUCUCUGCGGCUUCGACGGCGGCCUCACGCGUGCUUUUCUCGAGCAGGGCUUCACCUUCGAUGAGGACUUGGACUGCGCCCUCAUUCAGUGGCGACCCGGCGGCUGCGACGCAGUGGUGGCCUCUGUGCAGGCCUUCGUCGCGGCCUUUUUCUAUGAAAAGGAGGUCUACGUGAAGAAGGAGCAGCGGCAGCGAGAUUGUUUGCUGCGUGCCGUGAGCACGGUGUUGGAGCAGGCGCAGCCGAACGCCGCUAAGGUGGUGCUGCUCGACGGGGACUGGAAGUUGCAGGGCGGGCAGCCCCGCUUUACCCGUGGUACGCUCCGCCAGCAGGCAAGUUUGACCCGCACGCGCUGCUGGACGCAGCUGAAGAGCUUUGAGGAAGUGAGGGAGGUGCUUCGUGGGACCUUGUUAGACGAGGACCGCUGGAUGAAGCCGCGCGGCAGCGGGCUGCUGAGCUUCGUCUUCUCUCUGCUUUUGUCUCGUGGCGUGGAUGUCGUGCAGAAGGAGCUGACGGCGGCGAUGAAUCAUGAGGAGCGCCCCUCUCUGCUUUCCACCUCCACGGAUGGCCACGCAACUGUUGCGCUGGCUAACCUUAUCUUGUCGGGGCGGGCGUCCUCCUUCUGCCAUAACGGAAUGCAGAACGGAAACCAAAUGGGGUACUCCGCCAAGCUCAAGUGUGGAAUGUUACUCGGCGACACUCCCUCUACGGAUGCAGAUGCGUCGCUUCCCUCAACCACCUACACCUACGCGAUGGACCCUAUCUUCCCUAGUUGGGUGCUGCGGCACAGGAACCACUACGCCAACCUGUACAUGACCAAGGACACGCGACAGGUCUUUCAGCAGAAGCUGAACCUGGGCGGGAGCGCCGCGCAGGACUUAGUCUUCUGGGACGCCGCGACGGAGGAUGGCUGCUACAUCUUGUCUGUGACGGUUCGCAGCAUCACCCUUGGCGGCGUCGGUGGUGGAGUGCGCAACGCAAAAUCGUUCGUGAACACCGCCAUCACGUCCGUGCCGGUCUGGUCCUCCGCAGAGGUGAACUGGAAUGGCGAAGCCCCGCUGCGCGAUUGA